AUGAAUGCUUCAAAUAUAUUAUUGUUGAUCAUCGUUGCACAAAUUGUUUCAUUAAAUUUAGCCUUUGAUAAAUCUCAAAAUGUUCUCUCAAAAUCGAAAAUUAUCCAUCUUAACGGAGCUAUUGGACCAGAGAGUGUUGCGUUCGAUCCAAAAGGAGAAGGUCCAUACAUAGGAGUAGCCGAUGGACGCAUUCUCAAGUUGCAAUUAGGGUCACAAAACCGAUUAAUUUGGGCUGAUUUCGCGGUUACUUCUUCUCAUCGAAAGAAUUGUACCUUACCAUUUGCUCCUGAAAUGGAACAUAUAUGUGGAAGGCCAUUAGGCUUACGAUUCGAUACAAAAACAGGGGAUUUAUACAUUGCUGACGCGUAUUUAGGACUACAAGUUGUUGGAUCAAAAGGAGGACUAGCAACGCCAUUAGUUCAAAAUUUCGAAGGUAAGCCUUUAGUCUUUACAAAUGAUGUUGACAUUGAUGGUGAUGUGAUUUAUUUCACGGAUACAAGCACCAAGUAUCAACGUUGGCAAUUUCUCACAUCAUUUUCGAAUGGUGAUACGACUGGUAGGCUAAUGAAAUAUGUUAAAUCAACUAAAAAAGUAACAGUUUUAUUAGGUGACCUUGCUUUUGCAAAUGGUGUUGCGUUGAGUAAAAAUAGAUCUUUUGUACUAGUUACUGAAACUACAAAUUUUAGAAUUUUAAGGUAUUGGCUUAAAGGUCCCUUAGCAGGAACACAUGAUGUAUUUGUUGAGUUGCCCGGGUUCCCGGACAACAUCAGAAUAAACCCUAAAGGGGAAUUUUGGGUAGCCCUACAAGCAAUAAGAUCAGUAUCAAGUAUUUCAGAUUCGAAAUUUGGAAUGUUACAUUUCACUCCUCAGCAAAUGGACGAAGGGGAGCUGCACCCUACCGCCAUCAAGUUAAGUGAGGACGGGACAGUUUUGGAAGCUCUAGAAGAUGUUGAAGGCAAGACAUUGAGGUCUAUAAGUGAUAUUGAGGAGAAAGAUGGAAAGUUAUGGAUUGGUUCUGUUGUGAUGCCUUUUUUGCGAGUUUAUGGAUUGUGAAUAUUAA